CCCAACCCUCCCAAAAAUUUUCAAACUUUAAAAUUCACGAUCAUUUCCCGCCCAAAACCCACACAAUCUUUAAACUCAGAAACUUUGCUUCAAUUCCCAAAUUUCGCCGUUUCUAUAUUAACUUCUCGUUAAUUUAUUUAAUCGCCAAAAAAUGUCAGCGUCGUCUGUUCGCCGGCAGAGAGACUUAAAUCACUUAACCACCGGCAAUCAAAAACCGGCGAAAACCCUUACUCCAAUCUCCAAUCCGACCCUCAGAAAAUCAUCUUCCGGCAAAGAAAACCCAAGGCCCGGCAGUCUUUCUCGGGCUUCCGUGGUGGCCCAGAAGCCCUUGAUCCGGCCAGUUCCACGUGUCGAGAAGUCGGCGGCCGUGCAUGGUGGCUCUGACAGUGAAGGCCGGGUGCGGUGGUCUACAUCAUCGGCGCCAAGAGGUAGGAGUCAGAGCCCAUCUGAAUUUGUUAGGGUUUUUUCUGAUUUGAAGAAAGACAAGAUCUCAAUGGAUAGGGAAAAGAAGGGUUUUAGGGGUUUGAGUGUUAAAGGUUGCAAAGAAAAUGGUGGGUUUAGGGAGAAUUUGGUAAUGAAAGUGAAGGAAAAUGAGAAGAAAUUAAACGGGGUUAGAGUUUUGGAUGGAAAUUGUAAAAAAGAUGUUAAAUUUAGCUCUGAUUUGGGAAAACCAAAUGGGGGUUUUGGGGCUUUAGUUGAAAAGGGUGUUUCAGAUUUUGGUUCAGAACUUGAAGCUUGCGAUAGGAUUGAUGAGAAAUGUGACGCAAAGUUUCUAAAAGAGAAGUCUUUGAGUAGUGGAAAGAGUUUGGAGGUUCCGAAAGAGAAGGGCUUGAGUGUACAGGAGAGUGGAUGCAGUGGGGUAGGUAUUAAAUACCCAAGCAAGCUUCAUGAAAAGCUUGCUUUUCUAGAGGGGAAGGUGAAGAGAAUUGCAACAGAUAUUAAGAGGACUAAGGAGAUGCUUGACAUGAAUAAUCCGGAUGCAUCAAAGCUGAUACUUUCAGAUAUUCAGGACAAGAUUUCAGGCAUUGAAAAGGCUAUGAGUCAUGUUGUGACUGAUUCGAAUGGUAAAACCAGUGUUUCAAAAGGUUCUGGAGAUGAAGAUGUGAGUACGAAAGGAGUUGAGAGGAGUCAGAGUAAGCAGGUUGGUAACGUUAAAAUUUUAGUUAAAGAAUUGAAUAGCGAGGAAUUGGAGGCUAGAUUGUUUCCUCAUCACAAGUUGAUUAGAAAUCGUACAUCAUUGAAGGACUCAUCAGGGAGCUCCCAAAGUCAGGAACCCUCUAAUGCUUUAGACCCCAGUAGCGAAUUAAAGGAGGAAAAGAAGUUAUUGAGUCCGAUUGAGGAUAAUCCAAUAGCUCUGGAGUUCUUGGCUUCACUUAAUAAGGAGCAAACUAUAGUCACCACAAGGAAUAAACAGGUUAGUUUGGAGAAUUCUGAUACUCAGGAGAUGGAUGGUGAUGGUGCUUCAGGAGUACAAGGGUCUUUGAACAUAUUUAAUGUGAAGCAUGGAGUAGAGUUAAAUCUUGAAUCAGAUGAAAGACUUGAGGAAUUUGAUGAUCAGGAGAACAGGCCAACUGCUGUUACUGGUGAGGAGAUUGAAGAUACUAACAUUUAUCAGCUAAAUGAAAUUGGCCACAAGACUUCAACUGGAGGAUGGUUUGUGUCAGAAGGAGAGGCAGUUCUUCUUGCUCAUGAUGAUGGGUCAUGCUCCUUUUAUGACAUUGCUAACUGUGAGGAGAAGGCAGUAUACAAGCCUCCAGCAGGUGUCCCACCUAACAUAUGGAGAGAUUGUUGGAUUAUCCGUGCUCCUAGUGCAGAUGGUUGCUCAGGGAGAUAUGUUGUGGCUGCAUCUGCUGGGAAUUCUUUAGAAUCAGGAUUCUGCUCAUGGGAUUUCUAUACCAAAGAUGUGCGAGCUUUCCACAUUGACUGUGAGGAAACAGCUUCGAGAACGGUACUUGGUCCCUUACCAAAUAACGCUUUGUAUAGAAGAAACACAUUUUGCAAUAGUUUAUCACCAGAAACUCAGCAGUGGUGGUAUAAACCAUGUGGCCCUCUUAUCAUCUCAACUGCAAGCUCUCAGAAGGUUGUCAAAGUAUAUGACGUCCGUGAUGGUGAGGAAAUAAUGAAGUGGGAGGUGCAGAAGCCUGUAUCAACAAUGGAUUAUUCAAGUCCACUGCAGUGGAGAAACAGAGGAAAGGUAGUCAUAGCAGAAGCCGAAAUGAUUUCUGUCUGGGAUGUGAACUCUCUACAUCCUCAGACAUUACUAUCAGUCUCUUCAUCUGGUCGAAAAAUAUCGGCUCUUCAUGUAAAUAACACUGAUGCUGAGAUAGGUGGAGGAGUUAGGCAAAGAGUAAGUUCCUCAGAAGCUGAAGGAAAUGAUGGUGUAUUCUGCACUCCUGAUUCUAUUAAUAUCUUGGAUUUUCGCCACCCAUCUGGUAUAGGUGCGAAAAUAGCAAAAGGUGGUGUUAAUGUGCAGUCAGUUUUCUCUCGAGGGAAUUCGAUCUUUCUUGGAUGCACAAAUGUGAGAUCAUCAGGAACAAAGGAGGUCUGUUCUCAAGUGCAACAGUUCUCAUUGCGCAAACAAAGGCUGCUCAAUACUUAUUCUUUGCCUGAAUCGAAUGUUCACUCCCAUUAUUCAGCCAUAACACAGGUUUGGGGAAAUUCAAACCUUGUCAUGGGUGUUUGUGGGCUGGGGCUUUUCGUCUUCGAUGCUUUGAAGGAUGACGGGCUGCAGUCUUUCAUUUAUGAUUAUGGCAAUGCUCAAGAUGUCAGAGAGAUUGUUGGGCCAGAUAACUUAUAUUCCCCUUCUUUUGACUACUUGGCAUCUCGUGUUCUCUUGAUAUCCAGAGAUCGCCCUGCACUAUGGAGGCACUUGUCAUAAAUAUGAUAGAUGCUGGAAAAAUGUCACUGUAAUUUAUCAAGAAACCAGCAGCAUAACUAUGUUCUUGGUGUUUACGUUUGGCUUUUCGUGGCUUGUUAUGUAGAACAUAUAAAAAGCUUAUGUUACUUAUUGAUUGCAGAGGUGUUUCAGUUAGAAAACUGGGUGAGUGGUGUAUUAUGCAACUUUCCAUGUUCUUAUGUAUUUGGAAGAGUUAAGAAGUUUGAUCAAUGUGAAUAUGUGAUCAUAAAUGUUUUAAGAAAAUAAAAAUCUUUUGAGGAUUUUGAAG